GGAAAACAGAGUGAUGUGUGUGCUGUGAAUUCAAAGCUGGGUGGGUCUACACUGUUUCACAUUCCCAAAUAACUUCCCGGGGCCGUGCGUUAAAGCGCUUUCAGUUUUCAGAAGGCCACGAUGUUGAUGCUGGCUGGAAUCGUUGUUCUGCACAUCACCACCAUCAUCCUGCUGCUGGUGGCCACCAUUGAUAAUGCCUGGUGGAUCACUGAUUCAGUGUCAACUGACGUAUGGGGCAGAUGGGAGCUGACGACCUCAGGCUGGCAUUACACCAACCUGAAAAACUACCCAGAGGAGUUCCUCCAGGCAGUGCAGGCCACCUCAGUGCUGGCCUGUAUUUUUGCCAUUCUGGCCUUGUUUGUGUUCGUGGCUCAGCUGUUCACCCUGCCCAAAGGCCAGAGAUUCACCUUCACCGGCGUUUUACAGCUAAUCGCCUGCCUCUGUAUAAUGAUAGCAGCCUCGAUCUACACGGCCGAGCUUCGCAAAGACACGGGAGGGUUUGGACACUCCUACGUCCUGGCCUGGAUCUCUUUUGUCCUCACCUUCAUCUUAGCCAUCACCUACCUCAUCCUGCGGAAGAAGAGCGAGUGAGAGGAUAAAAGGAAUGAGGGCAGGCCUGGGUUCAUGUUCCCAGUUUGAAUUUGGGAAAUUAAAGAAUAGGAUUGGUUUUGUUUUUUUAAAUUGGAGAGAAAAAAAAUUGCUGAACUGGGAAAAAGAAUAAUGUUCGAUUGCUUACAAGAGCCAUUUGUUUAUAUUUUCAUUAUUUUUAAUUGAAAUGAAAAUCAUGCUUGCAUUACAUGAAGGGCUGAACUUGACAAUUUAACUUCAUAGAUUUCUAUUUGAUAAAAGAGAAGAGGGGCAGGGCAUUCAUAGGGCAGUGUGGGCUAUGGCGGGAGGGUUGUGAUUAGGAGGGCGCAACCUUUGAAGUACUUAUAUAACCAUAAAAUAAAUAAUAAAUCAAUUGUCUUUUAAAAGAUAGUUAGUUUGGAGAACUUUCCAUAUCCAUCAGUAUUGUAAAGGAAUAGUUUGACAUUUUGAGAAAUAUAAACGCUUUCUUGCAGAGGGUAGAUGCCAGUCUUAUAUCUAUGCAUGGUCUGGGUGAAGACUCAGUUCUUAUUGGCUCUACCGUUCUAAAUGUAUGUGCUAGUAUAACUAUAGCAACAGGGAUGCAGUCAAAUCUUCUGUUUACAAUUUAUUGAAAUGAUUUCCAACACUGAGUGUCAUCCUUCAGUGCCUCUUCCUCUUAACACCACAGGAUGUAGACCGUAACAGAAGCUGCGAGAGCUACACUGACCCUCUGAACUUACUGGUACUUUGUAUCAAAUAAGCAACUGUCUCACAUUACAUUUGCCAUGCAACUCGCUACUUCAGGCUGCAGCCAGCAGUACACAUGGUGUAUCAUUUGUUCCCGAAAAUCUUGAUUUGGGGACAAUGACAUGGCUGAUAAUGCCUGACGAGGUGUCCAUUAUCAGGAGUUAAUGGACUCUGUGGAGGCAACUGGACUUCUGCCUGUUGUCCAUUUAUUCCUGAGCCAAAACCAGCUAACUAAAGCUUAAAAAUGACACAUUGUGGUUUUAGGGAGGGAGGGCUUUGAGCUGGACUGUUUGUUGGCUGAGCGUGCUUUUUAACAGACGAUAAAUAAGUAUGAUUUAAAAGUGCCUUUUUGACAGAACAGAGCUAACAGUUGCCCUGUUUCUCUUUCUUUGUGUUAAGUUAAUUGACUGCUGUAGCUUCAUGUUUACCACACACACACAAGUGGUAUUAAUCUAAUAUGUUUGUCUGCAAGAAAGAAUUAUUUCACAAAAUGCCAAACUAUCCCUUUAAGAGUAAAAAAAAGAAGAAGAGUUGACCAUGUUGGAGGAGAAAAGCGUAAAGAAAAAAGCCCUUUUGAGAUUUAGUAGUUGAAAAUACUAGCGUAUAUUCAUGUUGUGAGGCUGACAGUUACUACUGCAGAGUCGCGGAGAGAAUUAAUACUGUAUCUGUGAAGGUACGGCAUGUUGGCAACACUACAACAAUCCUGUUGCAGUACUUGAACAAUCAGGAAAGACAAGCCUUAAUAUACAGCAAAAGUAGUUUUAAUCAUGUAUCCUCAUUUUACAACUGAAGUAUA